GUUAUUGUCACAAAUUGUUAUGAUAUGAUUCGGUUUUGUAUUUGUAAUUUGUGAUUGUACUUGUACUUGGCUAUUUAUUUUUGUGAUGUUCUUAGUUCAUACAUUAAAAGUAUGGUUUGAAUAAAUAUGAUAUGCAGGAUUUUGUGAAAUUUCGCUAAAACGAAAAAGAGGUUAAGAACAACAUCACCAUGAAUCCCAUGACAAAUGUAAAGAAUGUGUUGAAGUUGAGUGAGAGGGAAUUGACUGGCAACUCUAAAACCUCUUGGCAUGACCAGUACAAGGACAGUGCCUGGAUAUUUAUUGGUGGUAUGCCUUAUGACCUGACAGAGGGUGAUGUCAUUUGUGUAUUCUCACAGUAUGGUGAAAUUGUUAAUAUCAAUUUAGUAAGGGACAAAGCUACUGGUAGAUCAAGAGGAUUUGCUUUCCUGUGUUAUGAAGAUCAACGCUCAACUAUUUUAGCUGUAGAUAAUCUCAAUGGAAUUAAGAUCCUUAAUAGGACAAUUCGUGUUGACCAUUGUGAGCAAUAUCGGGCUCCCAAUGCUGAUAUGUCUAAAGUAGAUGAAUUGACAGCAGCAGUGAGGGCUGAAGGAUGUGCUCCUGUUGCGCCAAAGCUAGAAGUGGGUACCAAAAUUGUUAAGCAGGAAAAAGAACACAAAGAGAAGAAAAGGAAGCACAAAGAAAAAAAAAGCAAAAAGAAAAAGAAGAAGAAAAGUAAAAAGUCAGAGAGUGAUAGUGAUUCAAGUGAUUAGGUCAAUUCUUAGUUGUCCAAAUAAAAAGAUAAACAAUGACAGA